AUGGCGGCCCAUAGGCCUAGCAACUUUCCCUUGGAGCUGAUUCUGAGGGUCGCGGACUAUUUGGGAUCUUCGGAUCUUAUAAAUUUGAUUUUGGGCGUUCCCCAUAUCGUCCCCCUUCUCCACUCUCCGCAUCUACAGGCCAAAGACAAGAAUGGGCACAACCUCUUGUAUCACAUUGUGGAACAUGGGCUUGAGACUGUGAUUAAACGCUUUGCACAGUGGAUCCCGGAGAGCUCCAUUCCCGACCAUGACGGACGGACUCCUCUCCAUCAUGCGGUCAGGAAAGGUGAUGAACGGGUGGUAAAAGCACUGAUUGAUGCUGGUGUGGAUAUAUCAGCGCAGGACAAUAGCGCAAGAACCGCCCUUCAUCUUGCCUGCGAGGCUGAGGAAGCUGGGAUUGUCCAGUUACUCCUAGACCACGGCGCAGACCCGUCCGCGGCGGAUUACAACGGACGAACACCCUUGCAUGAGGCGGUUGGACGGGACACAAUUAUCCUCCAGAAGCUACUUAGAAGAGACGGUGUGGACCUUAAUCCUCGAGAGAUGCCAAGAGGGCUGACUCCCCUUUUCCAUGAAGCUUGGCUGGGUCGAACAGACGCUAUCAAGGGGCUUAUUUACUACGGAGCAGAUGCAGGCAUUCGAUCAGUGGAUGGGGAGACCGUACUGCAGCACGCGACCCUCGGCAAUCACGCUGAUAUUGUGCGGGUGUUACUUGACCAUGGUGUUGCUAUCAAUGCGCGAGAUGACCACGGCUACACCGCAGUGUUGAUUGCUGCGAUUGCCGGGGCAAAUGAAUGUCUGCGACUGCUCCUGAAGGCUGGGGCAGAUAUUUCAGUGGUGGAUAAUUAUGGGCGCAACGCAUUGCAUAUAGCAGCUUGGAACGGACGCACUUCCACAGUCCGGCUGCUUCUGAGAAAAGGAGUUGACCACAGGGCUCUGGACAACCGGGGCUCCUGUGCGCUGUGCUGGGCAGUUGAAAGGGGGCAUGACGGAGCGAUUCGAAUUUUGAAACAUGCGAGAAAGAACCCAGUUUCGAGGUUUAUCGCUACGCUGUCGUCAUUCACCUGGCGAGGCAGGGGGAAGAAAUUCUACGCUCCGGUGUCCGGUUGUGACGUUGCUCAUCGCCAUAGUGCUUGA